AUGAUGGACAGGCCGACAGAAGGUGAUGGACUAGAUUCGGUGGCGAUUGAAACAAUUUACAGCCAAGGCCGCAACUGCUAUGAUCACGAGAGGCGUGGGAAAGGGAAGGCGGUAUUGGACACAGCUUUCCUUGCUGCGAAAAGCAUUGGUCUGAGCAUGGCCAACUAUGACCACUCAACAUGCUAUGGUUUCUCAUGCUUGCCGUCUCCUCCUGUUAAAAAAUACAUUGCAACUUCCUCGUACAAAAAGAAACAUGCAACCAUCGGUUUUCAGAUAAAAACUUAUUUGAUGACCGGAAAACGGAGACGGGCAAAGUUCGUUCGGCAGUUCAAAGCCGACGCUGCUUUGAAGUGUUGGACUGCGGAAGACGGAGGAGGAACCGAACCGCACAGUUGGCUGGUACCGAUGAAUGAAACGUUGAAGGGCGGAAACGGCCCGUCGUAA